GUUUAAUUUAUGUUCAUUUUUAAAACUGUAUUUUAGAGUCCAAAGAAGCUCAACUUGGUUGCUGCUUUGGUACGUGGUAUGCUUGUUAAAGAUGCUUUGCUGCAGUUGCAAGUGACAGUAAAGCGGGCUUCAAAAACUGUAUAUCAGGUUAUUCAUUCAGCCCGAGCAAACGCAUCCCACAAUCAUGGGUUGGAUCCAGAACGCCUCAUUGUUGCCGAAGCAUUUGUUGGAAAGGGAGAUUUUAAGAGGAGAAUUUCCUACCAUGGCAAAGGAAGAUCUGGAGUCAUGCACAGACCAGAAUCCAGGCUAACUGUUGUAGUUAGAGAGAUAACCCCUGAAGAAGAGGAAGACAUUGCUAGACUGAAAGUCCACAACUUUAAGAAGCUCACUAAGAGGGAGAGUCGACUUGUGCCACACCAGCUUAUCGAGACCACUCCUGUUUGGGGCCGAAAAAACAAAUCUAGCCGUCAAGACUCGAUUGUUGCAGUUGCACGAUCCUUAUUUAUUUGCAAGUUUCAUGGUUUGAUUUAUGGUUGUCAUAUUUUUGUGCAAUAGAUUCUUGUACUGUUGUGCAUCAUGCAAAAUAGUUAAGAAAUAUGUAAAACUAAGGUUUCACGCCAGAGACUAGUUAUAAAUGGCUAGGUUAUAUGCAUUCGAAUUUUGUUUGCUCUUUGUUGCAAAUAAUAAAAUUUUGUACCGAACCAUGAUUGGUAUUAUUAUCAUUUAUUAGCUUUUGUUCCUACAA